AGAAUGUCCACGAUGCUCCAUUUCGGCAGUUAAUUCUCAUUCUGGAAGCUUGUUACACUCUCCAGUACCGUAAUGUAAAACUGUUUUCAGCAUUAGCAGACUAUGUUAAUUCUACUGCCUGCCUUUGGGACAAAAGACAGAUUAUCCUUUUUCUUUCUGCCUUCGAGACACUUGGCUUUCAGCCUAGAGAGCUGAUGGGUAUUUUUGCAGAGAAGGUGACAGAAGACCCUGAAUUCCUCAACUUGAAAAACCUUUUGAUUGUUCUCCGAGUGUAUUCACGACUCAACUAUGUUCCCAGAGGCCAAAAGCAUCUGUUUUUUGAGACUCUUCAUAGCUGCUUGGAUAAGUACCUCCCUCAGAUUUCCAACACAGAACUGCUGAAGGCAGUGUAUUCACUUUGCAUCUUAGGAUAUCUUCCUCAUCGUGCACUUGAUGAGCUGCUGCAAAAGGACAGCAGGGAUGAACUUCUACUGCCAGAUGAUCUUUACAAAGAACAAAAGGAAAUGAUGCUUCGCUGUGUGAAAGCAUGUAUGGAAAUUGAUAGCCCUUCCUUCACGAAGCCUGCGUUUGCGCUGACUCAGAAUUUCUCCUCAUUAAUAUCUCUUAAUCUCAGAAGGGCUCGGGAGGCACUGAUAGAACUUCUGGGAGAUGAGAACAUGUUUCGGCAAAAUGUUCAGCUGCCAUAUAAAUAUCAUAUUGAUUUUGAAAUCAGAAUGGACUCAGACAGAAAGAAAGUGCUCCCAAUAUCUGCAACAGAUGAUCAUGUUGACUCAAGUGUUCAAAGAUUGGCUUUUCUCUUUGUUCCUCUGUCUGCCUUCUGUGUGGGUACAACGCACCCCCAAGGGAAGCUGGCAAUGAAGAAGCGGCAUCUAAAUAAACUGGGCUAUCAUGUGAUUCUGGUCCUGAACAAGAAGUUUCAAGAAAUGACAAAAGAAGAUGCAGUUGAGUUUUUGAAAGGAAAAAUUUAUUCAGAAAAUGCUUUCCCUUUUUCUGAAGUGACUGUGCAGGAUAAUAAUUAA